GUCUUCUGUUGUACUUAUUUUAGAGAGAGAGGAGGGAGAGAGAGAGAGAGAGAGAGGACCAGAAAAGAUAAUCUGAUCGACGGCUUUGUCUGAAAUUUUUUUGUUUAACAGAAGCUCUGGUCUGCUUCUCUCAGGGAGAGGGUGCGAGAACGCUUCAAAACAAGAAAGAGACUUUGUCUUUCGUUUCUCUGCAGUCAAGUCCUCCUCCUUCUUCUUCCUCUCUCUCUCUCUCUCUCUCUCUCUCCUGCAGAUUAUAACUGACUCAUAAUUACAGAGGCCGAAAGUGAGGAGAAAAUGAUAUUCAAAGGGAGAGAGUGAGGAAUCAGCUCUCUGCGCCAUUAAUGGUUUCGCUCAGAAGCUUAUCAUCACAGGUCUUCGUGAUGAAGGAAGAUGAAGUUAUGAGUUAGAGAGAGACACACAGAGAGAGAAUUGGUCACAGAAAGAGCUCAAUUUGCAUCGAAAGGGAGUGUGUUCGUUCUUUCUUGGCCAUGGAUGCCAAUAAAGCCAUCAUCACGGACCCGCACACAAGUCAACUGGAGUAUCAGCAACAGCAUCAGCAGCACGAAAUACAAGAUCACCGGCAUCACCACUAUCAUCAUCAUCCUCCUCCUCCGCAGCAGCAGCAGCAUCAAGUUUCUCACGGAAUGAUGCAAUCGUCGCCAUCAUCCUCCAUCACCGCGAAUAAUUUCUUAAGCAAAGACGGGGGUGGAGGAGGAGGCGGCGGCGGAGGAGCUUAUGACUUGGGCGAGCUGGAUCAAGCCCUUUUUCUCUACCUCGAUGGCCAUGACCAUACUGUUCAAGAUCAAAAACAGAAUUCUGGGAUGAGACCUCCGACUCUGAACAUUUUCCCAUCUCAGCCUAUGCACGUCGACCCAUCGCCGAAGGUUAACAUGGGACUGGCCUCUCCGCGGGCCAGCGGUUCGAAGAGACCGCCCGAGCCAUCCGUGGAGCUAGCCAGCGCAAGGAACGACGUCGCAUCUGCUCCUCCUGAACCGCCCAAAACCAAUGUCAAGCGUGAAGGGAACCGCAAAGGCCCAACGUCCACUUCAGAGCAACAAGGUCCUAGAACUCCCGACCCUAAGACCUUGAGGAGGCUCGCGCAGAAUAGAGAGGCAGCCAGGAAAAGCAGGCUAAGGAAGAAGGCGUAUAUUCAGCAACUAGAGACAAGUAGGAUCAAGCUCUCACAGCUGGAACAAGAACUACAGAGAGCACGAUCCCAAGGCAUGUUUCUCGGAGGAGCAGCAGUAUUAGGAGGAGAACAAGGCCUCCCAGUGGGCAUUAGCAACAUUAGCGCUGAUGCUACGGUGUUCGAUAUGGAGUAUGCGAGGUGGCUCGAAGAACACCACCGGCUCAUGUGCGAGCUCCGAGCGGCGGUGCAGGAGCACCUGCCAGAGAACGAGCUGCAGCUGUUCGUGGACAACACGCUAGCUCACUACAACGAGAUGAUCAACCUCAAGAGCAUGGUGGCGAAAUCGGACGUGUUUCAUCUCGUUUCGGGAAUGUGGAAGACCCCGGCUGAGAGAUGCUUCAUGUGGAUGGGUGGAUUCCGUCCUUCCGAGCUCAUCAAGGUCAUACUAAACCACAUCGAGCCCCUAACGGAGCAACAACUACUCGGGAUAUGCGGGCUGCAGGAGUCGACGCAGCAGACCGAGGAGGCUCUGUCGCGAGGGCUCGAAGCCCUCAACCAGUCACUCUCGGAGACCAUUGCUUCUGAUUCAUUGAUCUCUCCUCCUAACAUGGCCAACUACAUGGGCCAGAUGGCCGAUGCCAUGAGCAAGCUCUCUGCCCUCGAAGGUUUCGUUAGACAGGCGGAUCACUUGAGGCACCGGACACUUCACCGGCUGCAUCGGAUCCUCACGACUCGCCAAGCCGCGAGGUGUUUGCUCGCCAUCGCGGAGUACUCCCAUCGCCUCCGAGCUCUCAGCUCUCUAUGGUUGUCUCGUCCCCGGCAAGAAUGAUGAAGAAGACCUUUCACUAGCUAUAUUUUAGAAGAGUCCCCUCUUUCUCUCAUGCCACCAACCUUACCAAGUUAUGCCAAGUCAGUAGUCACAACCGUGUUUAAUUAGUUCCAUUUCGAAGUAGACGUAUACAUAGAAGAUAGAUAUAUAGAUAUGACUCUAAGGAAAGGGGAAUCGGCUUCAUCCUCUUCAUUUGCCCUGUUGCUACAUGAGGAAGGAAAUUUGGCGUGGCAAUGAUUUCGCAGCCAUUGCUGACUAAAAGUAGAAAAUCUAAGUAAUAGAAAGAAGGUAGAAAUGAUAGGACAUUGGGGUUGGAGAAGAAAUUGAUUUUUGGCUAAUUUUCUCUUUGCUUUGUUUGUUUUAUCUUGUUUUGUGUGAGCUAGAAAGACACUCCUUGGCAUUAAGGAAGAAUGCAUGCCAUGGCCAUAUUG